UUAAAAAAAAGAGACGGAUAUGACGUUUCCGGUUUCGCUGGUCCGUCAGACAAAUUGAUCCGGAAAGCAAAUGUCGCGGAACAAGAAGCAUUAUGGCAACAAUGAUUGAGGAAAAUGGUCCUUCCACACAUGAGGAAGUGUCCCCGUGGCUCCAGGCCCGGCAGAAACUUGAGGGGCUCCUGAACAAAAACAUGAAGAUCCGCAUGACGGACGGACGGACUCUGGUGGGGCUUUUCCUCUGCACGGACCGAGACUGCAACGUCAUCCUCGGAUCAGCGCAGGAGUUCCUCAAAUCCACAGACACAUUCUCCCAGGCCGAACCCAGAGUCCUGGGCCUGGCCAUGAUCCCCGGUCACCACGUGGUAUCCAUCGAGGUGGAGGCAGACAGUCUGGAAGAAGCACGAGGAUUUAGAUCCAACCGCUGUUGAAGGCCCUUCCCGUUUGGACGACACACUCGACGCAACCGUCUCUCAGGGAGGCAGACGUAUGGCCGCGCUCAAGGGAGAGUGGACAUCUUCGUCGGAGGAUUUUAUCAGACUUCACCUCUACGGAUGCAGAACUCCCGUGUCAACAUUCUGGAUUUUAGCCAUGUCCUCCAAGCUUGAAGAUGGGCGUCCAUUUGCAGCGACGGCUGUACGACACAGCAGUAUGAGAUGGGGACGCAGACGGCAGAUCCAUGGACGUGUGUGGAAACGGUGUUUCUUUGCUUCAUGUUGUUUUAAAAUACAUUGUGCUAUUCGUUUUAAAUUAUGCGUCAGGAGCUACAUGCUUUCUAAAAGUCAGUCGGUUAACAGGAGCUGGAGUACGACUGCGUACACCACGGGACUAGAAGUUUCAAGAUGGAAAAUAAAUCGCACGGUUCGCAGUUGGAAAGAAGUAAAGAUUUUGACGUGUCGAAUAAUAAAAAAGACUAUCUGA